AUGGAAGCUGGAAGCAAUGUGGAUAGCAGCUGUGUGCUGCGGGAAUCUCGGCACAGGAAGACGGUUUGGCAGGCCUGGCAAAAGAAGGCCCUGCUAUCAGCUUUCAGCAAGAACCAAUACCCGAGCUUCUGGGACAGGCAGGAACUGGCCAGGCAAAUACAGCUCCCUGUGUCCCGCAUCCGAGUGUGGUUUCAGAACCGAAGAAGUCGCACUGGAGAGGUGAGGCACGGCCCAAAGCGGUCCAGCAGAGGCUCCAUUCCGCUAGCCUCCCAACAGCUCGAGGAAGGCUUUGGCUCCAGGUCACAAGGUAGCAGCAUGCCCUCGGACAGCAGAAGGCCUCGCACUCGACUCAACUUGCAACAGCGCAGGAUCCUAGUGCAAGCCUUUGAGAGGAACCCGUUGCCAGGCUUUGCUACCAGGGAGGAGCUGGGCCAGAGGACAGGUUUGCCCGAGGACACGAUCCACAUAUGGUUUCAGAACAGAAGAGCACGGCGAGCCCGCGCUCCGGAUCAAGAUGUGCCUGCUUCACAAGUGCAGGAUGUGGCAACUGGAGGUCUCAGUGGCAGGGAUGAGGCAGCACAGGACAUCCUGUUGCCGCUGGCUGCUGCAGGAGGUGUGGGCAUGGAGAACUCGAGCUCCAGCGACCAGCCCCACUUCCACAAAGAGUCCCAGCAUCCCCAAGUGGCACUGCCCGAAGGACCAGGCCAAUCACACACAGCCACUCAAACAUACCAGGCAGGACCUCUGGAACUCCUCCUUGAUGAACUGCUGGAAGAAGACCAAGUGGAGGGUCACGGGCCAUUCCCUCUGGAUCUGGAUGGAAAUUCUGGUGGCAAGGAGCACGAGGGUGUCCAGGAAUCCAUCUUGCAACUGGCUGCCACGGACUGUGUUUCCAAGGAAUCCUCGAGUUAUAGCGACCCAGCCAAUUUCUGCAGAGAGUCUCAGCUACCACAAUGGGCACAGCCUGAAGGACAAGGCCAAGAACAGGCUCUCACUCAAGCAUGCAACAUUGGCCCUGUGGAACUCCUCCUGGAUCAACUGCUGAUGGAAGUUGGAGGGGAGACCCACUCCCCAGGCCCUGUGCAUCUGGAAGGUGCAGGGCAGCAAAUGGACGCAACACCUGAGCUGCCUCUGUCUCAAGAAGAAUAUCAGGUGGGAGGCGUGGCAGGUGUAGAGCUUCGUGGCAUGACCUUGAUUCAAGGGUCUGGAGGUCGACUCGGUCCUGACUCUAUUCUCCAGCUUGAGGACUCCUGGCAUCGAAUCCUUAGGAGCAUGGAAGCUGGAAGCAAUGUGGAUAGCAGCUGUGUGCUGCGGGAAUCUCGGCGCAGGAAGACGGUUUGGCAGGCCUGGCAAAAGAAGGCCCUGCUAUCAGCUUUCAGCAAGAACCAAUACCCGAGCUUCUGGGACAGGCAGGAACUGGCCAGGCAAAUACAGCUCCCUGUGUCCCGCAUCCGAGUGUGGUUUCAGAACCGAAAAAGUCGCACUGGAGAGGUGAGGCACGGCCCAAAGCGGUCCAGCAGAGGCUCCAUUCCGCUAGCCUCCCAACAGCUCGAGGAAGGCUUUGGCUCCAGGUCACAAGGUAGCAGCAUGCCCUCGGACAGCAGAAGGCCUCGCACUCGACUCAACUUGCAACAGCGCAGGAUCCUAGUGCAAGCCUUUGAGAGGAACCCGUUGCCAGGCUUUGCUACCAGGGAGGAGCUGGGCCAGAGGACAGGUUUGCCCGAGGACACGAUCCACAUAUGGUUUCAGAACAGAAGAGCGCGGCGAGCCCGCGCUCCGGAUCAAGAUGUGCCUGCUUCACAAGUGCAGGAUGUGGCAACUGGAGGUCUCAGUGGCAGGGAUGAGGCAGCACAGGACAUCCUGUUGCCGCUGGCUGCUGCAGGAGGUGUGGGCAUGGAGAACUCGAGCUCCAGCGACCAGCCCCACUUCCACAAAGAGUCCCAGCAUCCCCAAGUGGCACUGCCCGAAGGACCAGGCCAAUCACACACAGCCACUCAAACAUACCAGGCAGGACCUCUGGAACUCCUCCUUGAUGAACUGCUGGAAGAAGACCAAGUGGAGGGUCACGGGCCAUUCCCUCUGGAUCUGGAUGGAAAUUCUGGUGGCAAGGAGCACGAGGGUGUCCAGGAAUCCAUCUUGCAACUGGCUGCCACGGACUGUGUUUCCAAGGAAUCCUCGAGUUAUAGCGACCCAACCAAUUUCUGCAGAGAGUCUCAGCUACCACAAUGGGCACAGCCUGAAGGACAAGGCCAAGAACAGGCUCUCACUCAAGGGUGCAACAUUGGCCCUGUGGAACUCCUCCUGGAUCAACUGCUGAUGGAAGUUCGAGGGGAGACCCACUCCCCAGGCCCUGUGCAUCUGGAAGGUGCAGGGCAGCAAAUGGACGCAACACCUGAGCUGCCUCUGUCUCAAGAAGAAUAUCAGGCUCUGCUGGAUAUUCUCUGA